CAGAAACACAGAGCGCUCGAACUCCGGACCCGUUAUUUUGCAGAAGACACGGUACGGGAGAUUCCCUCUGAACAGCGUAACCCCUGACAGUUUACUGUUUUUUACGUGGACGCUACGGGAUUUAUUUUUCCCUUUUCUACUGAUUUUUUCAGACUUUUGAGUAUGGAGACUUUCUGCUCGGUGGAUUAGAGUUGUAAACAGGACGCUGAAAUCUUGGUCCAGAAUGAGCGCGACAGCGGGGUCCGGACUGGCCCCGUGCCGUUUCGCUCACUACUUCGUGAUAUGCGGCAUGGACACAGAAACCGGUCUGGAACCGGACGAUCUAGCCCGGCAGCACUUUGAGCAGAGCCCACUCAAGCGCAGCUUCAGGUCCAAAAUCCUGGCACGUUUCCCUGAGAACGUGGAGCGCUACCCCUUCAACAAGGAGGCCGUUAGCAUGCUGUGCAUGCCGGGAGGUCUCUCUUUCCGUACGCAGACGGACUCUCUGGAGCCGCAGUUCCACUCCUUCCUCCUUGCGCAGGAGGACGGCUCGCGCGCCUACGGCUUCACGCUCACCUUUUACGAGCAGGUGAGGAGCCCCGCCAUCCGCUCCGCCAUGCGAUCGCUGCAGCAGAUGCACCGGGCGGAGCUCGCCUCCUCCUCCUCCUCCUCCUCCUCCUCGUCCUCCUCCAGCAUGGACUCCCUAACCGGCAGCCUGGACGAGGCCGACGCCCCCCCGGCCGAGGCCCCGCCCCCCUGCGGGGGCUCGUACGACGCGGCGCGCGACCCGCUGUACGUCUCCAAGGCGCUCUGCCUGGUCACGCCCCUCCCCUUCCUGCACGCCUGCCGCGGCUUCCUGUCCCAGCUGCACCAGGCCGUCGCCGGGCCUCUCCCGCCGCCGCUGCCGCUGGAGAGCUACGUGCACAACCUGCUGUACGAGGUGCCGCUGCCGGCGCCGGGCCGAUCGCUCAAGUUCCACGGCGUCUACGAGCCGAUCGUCUGCCAGCGCCCGGGCACCGGGGAGCUCCCGUUGGCCGACUUCCCCCUGCGCGUGGCCUUCCAGCUGCUGGGCGUGGAGAACCUGGUCCAGGUGUUCACCUGCGCGCUCCUGGAGACGCAGAUCCUGCUCUACUCACAAGAUUACCAGUGCUUGGUGACGGUUGCCGAGGCGAUCACCUCGCUGCUGUUCCCCUUCCAGUGGCAGCACGCGUACGUGCCCAUCCUGCCCGCCUCGCUGCGCCACUUCCUGGACGCGCCCGUCCCCUACCUCAUGGGCCUGCCGGGCACCGAGGGGGCCGACCGGUCCAAGCUGCAGCUGCCCCAGGAGGCCAACCUGUGUUUUGUGGACCUGGACAACCGCUGCGUCGAGCUCCCCGAGGAUUUCCCACAAUUCCCCAACAAGACGGAAUUAAUCCAGGAGCUGACCGAGGUGCUGCGGAGUUUCGGGGUGUCUGCGGAGGGGGGCGUGGCCGGCAGCCCCUCCCCCAGCCCCGCCCCCGCUCGCCUGAAGAGCCAGGCCCUGCAGGAGCUGCUGGAGGACGGGCGGAACGGGAACCUGGGCAGCGAGGCCCUGGCGGCCCUGGAGAGGCUGCAGGCCCUGGCCCUCCGCACCGGCGUCGCCGUGGAGACGGUGGGGCGGGCUGGCCGGGAUGGCCACGCCCCCGGUCAGGAGCAGGAGCUACUGGACACCAGGCUCAAUGUGCAGUUGAGGGAAGUGUUUGCCAGCCAGUUCGUCGCCGUGUUCGCCAACUACGAAGCCUUCGUCAUCCCGAGCGCCCACGACCUGGAGUCCUGGAUGGCCAACCGAGAUCAGAUGCAGAACUUUGACAAGACCUCCUUCCUGUGGGACCAGCCUGAGCCCUACUUGCCCUUCCUGUCCCGCUUCAUUGAGACGCACAUGUUCGCCACCCUCAUCGAAAAUAAGAUCGUGUCCCAUUGGGAGGAGAAGGAUCCGCUGCUGAGUGUAUUUGACGCUCGUGUGGAGAAGUUCCGCCUCUGCAACGCCCGUGCACCAAAUCUGCAGUCUUCCCACUACCAAAGGUGCUCCACCAUCCGGGAGUCAGCCCAGGCCAUAGAGCAGAGGCUCCUGAAGAUCGACCACACGGCCAUCCACCCCCACCUGCUGGACAUGAAGAUCGGACAGGGCAAAUACGAUCAAGGCUUCUUCCCCAACCUGCAGGCUGAUGUCCUGGCCACCGGCCCAGCCAACAGCAACAGGUGGUCAGGUCGUUCAGCUGCAGCCCAGCGCCGGAUGGACAGUCACAGACAGCACACCGAGCACCUGGGACCCGAAAACGGUGUCAAAGAGAAGUACAUGCAGGAAGCCCGGAGCCAGGGGAAGCACCAGUGGCAGCCCAGGUUAUCCGACAUGUCCCCCGCCCUGCUCACCCAGACCAACUGCAAAUUUGUGGAGGGGCUUCUGAAGGAGUGUCGCAUGAAGACUAAGCGCAUGCUGGUGGAGAAGAUGGAGAGCAAGCUGGUGGAACUGGGCCACGGGGAGGUCAGUCUGACAGGUGUGGAGGAGGAUACACUGAUCGCCAACCUCUGUGACCUUCUGGAGCGCAUCUGGAGCCACGGCCUGCAGUUCAAACAGGGAAAGUCUGCCCUCUGGUCACACUUGCUCCUCUACCAGAAGAGAGAGGAGAAUCUGGAGCUGCAGGCCACAUCACCAGUGUCACCAGACAGACUGAAGUCUGAGUGGGGCGGGGCCAUGCCACCCUUGGGCGUGUCUCUGACACAGGAUAUGAGACACAUACAGAGCAUGACUGAGAUAAGGACGGAGGUGGGUCGAACCCGGGCCUGGAUCCGUUUGUCACUGGAGAAGAAGCUGCUGUCACAGCACCUAAAACAGCUGCUGAGCGACCAGGAAUUAACCAAGAAGUUGUAUAAACGAUAUGCAUUCCUGCGGUGUGAAGAAGAAAAGGAGCAGUUCCUGUUCCACCUGCUCUCUCUCAAUGCCGUUGACUACUUCUGCUUCACCAGCGCCUUCACCGCCAUCAUGAUUCCGUACCGGGCAGUCAUCAUUCCCAUUAAGAAGCUGAGUAAUUCCAUGACCACAUCCAACCCCUGGGUGUGUGUUUCGGGUGAGCUGGGCGACUCGGGCGUCAUGCAGACCCCCAAGAAUGUUCUGGAGAUGAACUUUGAGUGCCAGAACCUGGGCCAGCUCAGUACAGUGCAGCUGGGACAUGAUAACUCUGGGCUGCUGACCAAGUGGCUGGUGGACUGUGUGAUGGUGCGGAACGAGAUUACAGGACACACAUACAGAUUCCCCUGUGGUCGCUGGUUGGGUAAGGGUGUGGAUGAUGGCAGCCUGGAGCGGAUUCUGAUUGGUGAACUGGUCGCACCAUGUGGAGAGGAAGAGGCGGGGAAGCCAUGCCGGACUCCGCCCCUUCAACGCUCACCUUCCCAGACCCAGCACAUCGGCAUCGCCGCGCUAACCAGCCGAGCCAAUAAGCCAAACGUUGCUCAGAUCCAGGAGGCAAUCGAGAAGGCAGUGAAUAGCAUCAUCACACACUUCCAGAAGUCUGAGAAAGAGAGGGGCAGUCUGACGGUCCUUCUUUGCGGAGAGAAUGGCCUGGUGUGUGCACUGGAGCAGUUCUUCCACCAUGGCUUCAGAUCCACUCGUCUGUUCCAAAAGAAUGCCUUCAUAUGGGACUUUGUGGAGAAGGCCAUGGCAUACCUGGACUCAGCUGAUCAAAUGGGUGACCUGCAGGAGGCCCCCAAACCCCUGGGGCUCACCUGCGAAACCUUUUUCCGCUACGUUAGCGCCAUCAACGCCACGCCCAGGAACAUCGGGAAGGAUGGAAAGUUCCAGCUGCUGGUUUGCUUGGGAGCCAGAGACCGGCUGUUGCCUCACUGGCUCCCCCUGUUGGCGGAGUCCCCAUUCACCGAGUCCAUGUACAGGGAGAACGCCCUCCUUCGCGACCGAGCCACAGUGAGCACGCUCAUCAACGUCCUGCACACGCUCCACGACUUCCCCAUUACCCUGGAGACCUCCUUCGUCAAGGGCAUUGACCUAUAGCCGCCGAGGAUUCUGGGAAACGUUGUCUCGCUGCCCCCUGAAGAGUCAGACACGCAGACCAUUGUUGGGGGCUGUGUGACUAAUACACGGGGGAAGACUGAGUGACUUUCUGCAUCCUAAGCAUUGAACCAGAGAAAAGUCCUGGAACUUCUGUUCAAAGAUGGCCGCCAUGUUUGCCAUUUUGUACUCAAUGAGAAUUAGCACCAAGCUUAUAAAAUUAGAGAAACGGGACAUUUUCCCUGUGAUGGCUGUGUAUACCUGCCCCUUCCCUGAACCCCAGUAGUGUUAGGCUGUUGUGCCCGAGAUGUUCAGACCCCUGAAAGAGAACGUGUACUUGUCAUGUAAUUUAACAUUAAGCAGCUAGCACUGCUAUGACAUGCUUCUGUUACACAGUAUACUGAGAAAAAGGAGUGGAAAAUGGGGGAGGGAGGGAUGGAUGAAAGGAGCCAGAGACACUGUUGGUGACCCCCAUCAUCUCUGUAGCACACUGGAUCCCCUGGAUUGGCUGGUUUCUGCACUGCACUGUCUGUGAUUGGCUGUGCUGGACUGGAGGGUCAGGGACCUUAAGGGGUCUGGGUGGGGUGGGAAUAGGAGUGGACCCCCUAAUCAAAAGGAUGUCCCAACCGAAUGGGGGACAAACCGAUACUUUUUUGCUUUUCCAGUCAUACUUUCUCUCCCUCCAUCCUAACCCCCUCCCCAGUGGCUAUACUAGCACUCCUGUGAUUAUUUUUGUGUUGGAGGCUGGAUACUUCCUGGGGGAUUUGCCUUUUAAGUUGUCAUUGGUACCAUCAAUGUGAUUGUAGUCCUGGCCUGGGCUCCCCAACACCCCCUCCAAAAAAAAAACAUCCGGUCCCCAUAGUGUCCAGUGCUGAUGGACUCUGAACUCUCACCUGUAUGUACAUUAUAUAUCUGAUGUCUCCUGAUCCCUGAAGGAAGCUAUAAGAAGGCUACUGUACUCUGCUGUAUGUGUGCCAAUAAUAUCUAAUAAAGGCUUCUGGGUUUCCAAGCAGUUUACAUCCAUUCUCCCCGUGAGUAAAGUGUGGGAGACACGGCAGCAAUAACGACCACCUCAUUAGGUCCUCUUCUGCUGGCGCUCGAGGCUGUGCCGAAACCAGCAUUCAUUCUAACCCGCAUCUAAUUAACCUACAUGUGCAGCAAAUACGUAUUUCUAAAACAUAGAAAUAAUCCUGAUAAAUUAAUUUUCUUUAGGUUCCGUUACUGCCCGUUUCUGUCCGUUGGUGAUGAUACCGCUAAAUUAUGGGACAGGCAUGACCGAGGAAGAUGAGAUAUGCGGGAAUACAUGGUGGACGUGUGUAAACUGAGUGUUAACUCAUUCUCUUGCAUCAGGGUGAUGGAGGUGGUGGUUUCAGACAUACUUCUUUUUUAUUGCGAAUCAAAAAUUCCAUUAAGAUAAGGUACUAGUGUAUAGCUCUUCAGUUCAAAUAAAACUCUUUCACUGCUGCAA